GGGUCACGUGGGGGGCCAUCGCGGGCGCCGGAAGUGUCGCCGCGCCGCACGCAGGGAGGCGCUCGGUCGGGGCGGCUCCGGGCCGCUUCCUCCGCCCCGGCCCCGCUCCCGCCGCCCCCGCCGCUGCCAUGGGCGCCAGCGGCUCCAAGUCGCGGGGGCUGUGGCCCUUCGCCUCCCCGGCGGCGGGCGGCGGCGGCGCCGAGGGCUCCGGCGGGCAGCAGGCCCUGGCCCGGGCGCGGGCCGCGCGCGCCGCCACCCCCUUCGUGUUCACACGGCGCGGCUCCAUGUACUAUGAUGAGGAUGGAGAUCUCGCCCACGAGUUCUAUGAGGAGACAAUCGUUACCAAGAAUGGGAGGAAGCGCGCCAAGCUGAAGAGGAUCCACAAGAACCUGAUACCUCAGGGCAUUGUGAAACUAGAGCACCCUCGCAUUCACGUGGAUUUCCCAGUGAUCAUCUGUGAGGUGUGAGGCGCCAGACGUUGCUGCUUGUGGGUGGGAGGCCCUGCCCCACCAGCCCCAGUCGUAUUCCCGCCCAAGGAGGACUCUGGGCGUGCAGCGGGGACGGCGGCUCUCCCCUUGCCCGGAGGUGAGGCAGGACGGAGCAGACCAGGCUGGGCCUGGCUAGUGCUCCUUGCAGGAGAUGGGUGACCUUGUGCAGCGACUGCUUAAAAACAUCCUCGCUUGAGUCAGAAGACUAAAAUACUUAUUGUAGCCUCUAGCUGAUGUUUGAUGGGUAACUGGAACUGCAAAUGAGCUGCUGUGAUUGAGCUGUUAAAGAGAGAGCGAGCCUGCACUUCUCACCAGAGGAAAUCCCCGCUUCUCAGGUAUGCGGCCCAAGGAGAGCCAGGGCAUGGUACCACGCUGCCCAGGGCCCCGAGACCCCUGGGGCCCUGUGGUUUGAUGGCCAGUGGUGGGGUGUGUUGCUUGACACGGGUGUUACGUGAUGCUCCCUGGGGCAGGUCUGUUGAUGGAGGAUGAAGGCUGAGAAGGGCGGGUUUGAAGCACAUUCACCUGGCUGCUGCGCUCCCCGGGAAAGGGGACGGGGAUCAGAUGCCGCUAUCUUGAACCUCAGUCCCUUCCCCCUGUACGUUUCCCUGCUUAUGGUGGCUCUGGGGAGUUUGGCUUCACUGCUGCCUGCAGCCCCUCUGCCUGCAGGAGAUCUCUGUGGUCUGUGGCUGCUGCUGGUGGCAGCGAGGUCCCCAGCUCUGCAGUGGACUCACCUCCCCCAUUAGCAAGCUGGUUCCUGCCGAGCACUGCCCCUCACCCGCUGCGGGGCUGGGCUGCUGGGCAAGGCGCCUCACCCCCGUCCUCACCCCCUGCUCUCGUCCUGAACUUACCUCCCGGUGGGGUGGGCCUUGACAGAGCCGAACAGGAAGGAAAUAAUCUCUUCCUUCCCUGUCCCCCAAAAACAAUCGGUCGGUGUGCCUGCCCUGGUUUGGAAAUCUCCCUGGCGAUGUGAACUACAGUUCCUCCCGCGUCCCAGCUGGCAGCAGGAGGAAAAACGUGAUGCACUUUAAAGGGAGGCUUUCUGCUCAGUCUCUGAAGGUCCUGCUCUUUUCUCCUCUUUCCUCCUGCUUGAGAAGGUUGAGGUUGCUGUGGCAGCACCAAAAACCUCUCACCCUUGCGCACGGACCCCGGGCUCUCGAGCCAGCUGCUGCAGGGUCGGGGAAAGGCCUGCCCCAUGCUGCCCUGCCCUGGCGCUAGGAGCCACUGCCGCCCUGCUUGGCUGCCUUGGGGUGGGUGGGUGGCAGAGGACCGGCCAUGGGGCAGCAGGCACAGCUUUAUCCUGGGUCAGAGCCUGCUCCCUGCAGCAGCCAGCUCGGCUUUCCUCCUCUUUCGUCCCAGAACUUAUUUACUUUCUAAGCACUUCAGACGUUCGCUACCUCGAUUUUUAAUUUAAGCCGCUGGUACUUGGCCGCCAGCCCUGUCGGCGUCUCUGUUGGAUGUAUCCAUCCCCACGCCCACUGAGAGCUGCCCGGGCGUGGGGCCACAUUCCCAGCUCCGGGGAGAUAACAGCGGCGUGGCUGUUGCUGUCUUCCUGUCACCACCUCUUCCCUCCAUAUCCCCCCACCCGCUGUUCCCAUUGACCGGAGCAAGCACGGAAGGCAAAGCAUGGAGGGCGAAGUGGGUGUGCUGGCUGCUGCCAGGCAGGGAAGCAGAGCUCUGUUGGGGAGCUCAUCUACACUGUGAUGCUGGGCACUUCUUUUGACAUCUUUUGUUCUCCUGCUUUCUUGAAAGAGUCUUGUCUUAACCCAGUACCCCACUGAAGUGUUUCUUGUUCGCACCACCUGCUCUUGAGUUUCUCCCGGUCCGGAUCUCACUGGGAAGGGCAUCCCUAGGGCUCUGGAGAAGAGCAGGAGCUGCUGUCUCCAGCAAGAGGAGAUAAAGCUGUGGCUGGGCUGUCUGAGGGUGCAGGCAGCUGCACAGAACCCACCUCGGGUACAGGGGAAGGCAGAGAAGGAGUGGGGAUGGGGCUGGUGCUGUUUGCCUGCCCUGAUAGGAGCCCCUUGCCUGGAUACCGGCCAAAAACUGGCUGAGAAGGCAGGGCCUGAGCCCCAGGCGGGGCAGAAACUGAGACAGGCUUAGCGAGGAUGCUUUUGUCCUCCCUGGCAGGCUGCCCACCCUUCCCCCAGGGUGUCAAACAUGCUUCCCCCAAAAAAACACUCCUUCUCCCACCCCACCGUGUCACCGGAGUGGCAGCAACCCUUCCCAGGCUGCCAACAAGCUGCGUCCUGCCCCACUUCUUCCCAGGCUGGUCCCCCGAGCUGCCAGCCCCCCCGGGCACCCUCCCCUCCGCCAGCCUCCAGCCCUCCUGUGGCAGUAGGGCCUUGGGAGCAGCUGGAGUGAUCUUAAAAAUGUGAAGGUCGCUGUAAAUAGUAUCUGUGUCCACUGUGGUGUUGGAGCAAGAAAAAAAAGGGAAGUUUUCCUUUCAGUUCUUUUUUUUUUUCUUUUUUACGAUUUCUGUGCAACGUUGUGCUUUCCCAUGUGGAUGUGUAGCCGAACCGUACUCACCAACACUAGGCUCCUUGCUCCUUUAGUGUGUGGGUAGGACCUGUGGGUUUGGGAAACAUACACUAUUUAUGGUCCUUCCUCUGCUUCCCAGUGCAUCUGUCCACCUUUGUUAAAUUUCAAUAAAAUUAUUUGUAGACCCUGCAA